AUGGGAAGAAUUGCACACAUUCUUGUAUUGCUUGCCAAUCACCCACAUGUCUGCAAAUUCCACACAUCUGCAACAGAAAUCUCCAAAUUGCACAAGAGAAUUGCACCAUUGGAAAGCCAUAAAUCCAACGAUCUUAUUUAUAAAGAGCCUCUGACCGUUGUUUUUCGAUACAUAAUUUCAUCGAGUAGUCCAAAUGGAUUUAAACAGGUUCUCUUCUUUCGCAGUGACAAUGAUGUUUUGUCAGAAAGCUGGUGGUCAUGUCACGGGUGUUUAGACGAAGAGAGAAGUGCUCUCUUGCGGAUUAAAAGCUCCUUUAAUUACCCAAGCGGCACAUUCCUUCAAUCUUGGGGAAAAGUAGCCGACUGUUGUUCUUGGAAAGGCGUUGACUGCAAUUUCACUACAGGACGAGUUGUCCAACUUGAUCUUUCAAGCAAAAGGGAAGAGGGAUUGGGAGAUUUGUACCUAAAUGUCUCUUUGUUUCGUCCCUUCCAAGAACUGCAAUAUCUUGAUUUAAGUGGAAAUUUUAUAGUUGGCUGUGUUGAGAAUGAAGGUUUUGAAAGACUAUCAGGACUUGACAGUUUGGUGUUUCUCGAUUUAGGCGUAAACAAAUUCGACAACCGCAUCCUUUCAUCCCUUGGUGGGCUUUCCUGUUUGACAACCCUGUAUCUAGAUGGUAACCAACUCAAAGGAGAAAUUAGUGUUGAUGAACUCAAUAAUCUAACAAGCUUGCUGUCGUUGGAGUUUGGUGGCAAUGAAAUUGAAAGCUUUAAAUCCAUUCAUGGUACUGGUGACGAGUUACUGAGGUUAAGAAAUCUGGAAUACCUUGUUUUGAAUGUUAAUCGCUUCAAUGACAGUACCUUAUCAUCCCUCAAGGGUCUUUCAUCUCUCAAAUCCCUGGAUAUAGCGUACAACCAACUGAAAGGAUCAUUCAAUGUGACUGAGCUGGAUGCUUUGAUCAACUUAGAGACAGUGGAUCUAAGGGGAAAUGAGAUUGACAAAUUUGUGUUAUCCAAAGAUACUAGAGGUUUUGGAAAUGUAAGCCUCAUUUCAUUAUCUAAUAGCACCUCAAAUGGAAGAGCUCUUCCAUUUACAUUGCUGCAAUCGUUAACGAAAUUCCCAAACCUCAGGACCCUUAAUUUGGAUGAGAAUAAUCUUGAAGGAAGUUUCGGAACAACAUUAGAUAAAGACUUGGCUUCUCUCAAGAAUUUAGAAAAGUUGGAUUUGAGUUUCUCCACUGUCGAUAAUAGCUUUCUGCAAACAGUCGGGAAGAUUACUACUCUAAAGAGUUUACGCUUGAGGGGCUGUCGACUCAAUGGCUCCAUCCCUAAAGCCCAAGGCCUAUGUCAGUUAAAGCAUCUCCAAAAUCUAGAUAUCAGUGGGAAUGAUCUCAGUGGUGCUUUGCCUCGGUGUUUGGCAAAUUUGACAUCCCUUCAAGGAUUAGAUUUGUCUUACAAUAACUUUAUUGGAGACAUUUCCUUCCCUCUUACAAGUCUCACAUCCAUCCGAGGGUUAUCACUUUCAGACAACCACUUUCAGAUCCCCGUCUCAUUGAGCUCAUUUCUCAACCAUUCACAACUCAAGUAUUUCGAUGGUAGCAAUAACGAAAUAUAUGUAGAAGAAUUAGAGGAGCAUAAUUUGGCCCCAAAAUUCCAAUUAGAGCGUCUUGGUUUAUCUGGCAAUGGAUAUGGUGGAGCAUUUUCCUUUCCCAAAUUCCUCCUCCAUCAAUACAGCCUCCAAGAAAUUGAUUUUUCUAACCUGAAAUUGAGGGGAGGGUUUCCUAUUUGGUUGUUAGAGAACAACACACACCUAAAUGAACUCCAUUUGGUCAACAAUUCUCUUUCAGGGACUUUUCAAUUGCCAAUUCAUCCUCAUCAGAAUUUGUCUGAAUUAGAUAUUUCUAACAAUAACUUCGAAAGCCACAUUCCUAGAGAAAUAGGAUCAUAUUUUCCAAGUUUAACAUUUUUAUCCAUGUCUGAUAACCACUUCAGUGGUCGCGUUCCCUCUUCAUUUGACUUUCUGUUGUAUCUUCAAGUUUUUGACCUCUCAAAUAACAACAUCUCUGGAACCUUACCAUCUUUCUUUAACUCUUCAAACCUCCUGCAUGUUUAUCUGUCACGAAAUAUGCUACAAGGAUCCCUAGAACAUGCAUUUCAGAAAUCCUUUGAGCUAAUAACGUUGGAUCUUAGCCAUAAUCAUUUGACUGGUAGCAUUCCAAAAUGGAUUGGUGAGUUUUCCCAACUGAGCUUUCUUCUCUUGGGUUAUAAUAAUCUUUAUGGCAGUAUACCCACGCAAUUGUGCAAGUUGAACGAAUUAAGCUUCAUUGAUCUUUCUCAUAAUAAUUUUUCUGGUCAUAUUCUACCUUGCCUAAGAUUUAAAAGCAGUAUUUGGUUCAUCCUCCUCGAAGAAUAUCCUUCUGAGUAUUCUCUUCGAGAACCAUUGGUUAUUGCAUCAAAGAGUGUGUCUUAUUCUUAUUCGCCAAGUAUUUUGUACUACAUGACCGGAUUGGAUCUCUCCUGCAACAGUUUGUCAGGUGCGAUUCCUCCUGAAAUUGGGAAUCUCAACCACAUUCAUGUAUUGAACCUGUCCAACAAUCAUUUAAUAGGCCCAAUCCCACAAACUCUUUCAAAUUUGAGUGAAGUUGAGAGCUUGGACCUUUCCAAUAACAGCUUGAAUGGGGAAAUCCCACCUCAACUUGUACAAUUGCAUUCUCUUGCCUAUUUUAGUGUAGCCAACAAUAACCUGUCUGGUAAGACUCCUGAGAUGGUUGCACAAUUCUCAACAUUCAGUAAGAGCAGCUACGAGGGAAAUCCCUUACUUUGUGGACCACCACUGCUUAACAGUUGCACCAAAGAAGUACCACCACCACCACCACCUGGGCCUUCUACUGAUGAGAAAGAAGAGAGUAGCGUCAUCAUUGAUGCACAAGUUUUCUGUGUGAGCUUUGUUGUGACGUACAUCAUGGUGCUGUUUGGAAUAGCUGCAGUUUUGUACAUAAACCCAGACUGGCGGCGAGCAUGGUUUUAUUUCAUUGAGAAGAGCAUCAACACUUGCUACUACUUUGUUGCGGACAAUCUUCUUAAGCCAUUCAGAAUCAGAGUUUGGAAGCCUUUGGUAUAAAUAAAUCUCAACUUUGCAUUGUUUCUACAUUUCGAAGGGAAGAUUUAGAUGGUCAAUCUUAUCUCAUCUCAGUAGUAUAAAUUAUGUCUGAAAAGCUGUGUUUUUUAGAGCAAUGUAAUGAAGAAAAUCAUUUCUUCACAAUUUUGCUUUCAGCAUUCAGCAAGUUCUUUCUCAUA